AUUGCUUGAAAUAAGUGAGGGUAGGUAUAAAUUUGUUUUGAUUGUAUUUUUAUUGUAAAUAGUAAUUAUAAUUUUGUUAUAAAUAUUACAAACACAUUUCUGCAUGAUUAUGAAAUACAGAAAGAUACAAAUUUAUUUGCAUAAAAUUUCUAUUUGGUUUUUUUAAACACCUGAAAUUUAAAAAAAAAACACGAAUAACUGAGUUUUGACCAAUAAAUCAACUUAUUAACUUCCUUCUGCGUAGCAUUGAAAGGAAGUUAAUGGUUUUAGCUGGCAGUCUGUUAGUCUGUAUGCCGACACGAUAACUUCCGUUCCACUGGACCGAUUGACUUUAAAUUUGGUAUGUGGAUACCUUGAGGUUUUAAUUUGGGUCCUGUAGGUCAAAGGGCACCAGAGAUAUGGGAUUCACGCAGAAGGAAGUUGUUUUUCUUGAAUUUACAUUCAACUCGUUUAGUACAUUAAUAAAACUAUGUAUACGUCUUUAAAUGUUUACAAUAUAAAUUCCCUUAUUUUUGCCCUAUUUGAUGAUUUAAAAUUUUUUUUCUUAAUUAUUAUAAUAUGUAUUUAUCAUUCAAUUUAAUUUAAGCCUUAAUUAUGAUAAUAAUACUGGCGAUAUAAGAAUAUACACUACCCUAGCUCGUUCCAGUUAGAGACGUAAGAGGCGACAGAGAGAAACAAGCUACUAGAUGAGGAGCGGUCUUCCUAAUGAACAAAAAAUAAAAAACACUGCAGUUGCCAACCUGCCUGCCAAGCGUGGCAACUAUGGCAGUCUGUAGUGGAGACCUAUGUUCAGCUAGCUUUUGAUAGGCAGUAACGGUAUGCCAUAGUUAAAAACUGUUUUCUAUUAAGAAUUAUGAGGGUAGAUGAUUUUUUCUCACUAAGUUAUAAAGAAAUGCUGCCUUGUGUGAUAUAGUUUCAUCAAGAACUGCCUAGAUUUAACAUGUAAAUCAAGAAACCUUUCUUGAUUUACAUGUUCUAUUUAAGCAAACCAAACUAUUAUUUUCUAGAUAGUUGGUAAAUAUAGUAUAUGACGCUAUUUUUUAUUUGGAAUUAUUCAUACAUACACUUACUAUUAAUAAGUAACUAGGAUGGCUACUCUUCCUAUAUUUAAUUAUUAUUUAUAGACAGUGUAGCCGUGUUGUUUAAAUUGAAAAAAAGUCACAAAAGAAUAAAACGACCGUUUUACUGUCCAAAAUUGACACAGCAAAGGAAAACGUCACUAAUAGGUUCUAUCAUAAUUGGAAUAGUAAUAACUGUUUAGGCUUAAAUAAUUAUAACAAAUUCUAGCUGCUUGCAAGUUUAGACAUUUUGUAUUGCUCUUUGCUUGAUUAACUUGUAGUAAAAACAACCAUAGACAAGAGUAUGUACGGGAGAUAGAAACCCACGAAUUGCUGUCUUCACCUACAGCGCCCUCUAGCGCCUUUUUAUAUGAUGAUUUUUAAUCGAUUUUACGCGGUAUCAAUGUAUCCGCUCUGCACACGAGUAGAACUGUAAGUCCGAGUAAUAAUAGAUCGAGGAGGUAUGUGCCCUACAACAGGAAAGAAUGAUAAUUGUUCACUAUAAGAAAUAUAUAAUGAGCCUGAUUGAUAUUUCAUUGUGUACUGUCUGACAUUCAUAAUUUAAAAAUGACUGUUUUAUAAAUAAAAUAGUACGUACAGUUUGUCAUUAAUUAUUAAGAAGAUAAUGAAUUUAAUAAUUGUAAAUAAAAGAUUGACUAUAUUGUUUUUGUUUUAUUACAUGUCUAUCGACUUGAGUAUUCAAAGUAAUCUGGCAACUGUGUCACACAGUGGCAUAGCAAGAGUUGCAGUCGCCCGUUUUCUUCACCCGCUACUCCACUUCGCAGAGAUAGAGUCAUGCUCGGGCCACGAUGCAGUAGCUGCCCGGAGUCAGGAAGUUGGCGGUGUCUCACCCCCGGUACUCGGAAAGCACGUAAAGCCGUUGCUCUUGCGCCUGAUCUCUCUCCGGCCGUGUAUUACCGUCCCAUCGGACUACGAGAGCGAGGCAAUAGAGAGUGCCCGUGUGCUCACACUAGGGCACUAUGAUCCUGUACUGCGCAGAUGGCUGGUCUCCGUUGAUACUUAAAUAAUGUAGGAAGGAAGAAACUGAGGAAACCUAGUCCGUCAUAAACACCACAGCGGACCGGCUAUAGAGAAAAUAAAACAAAUAAUUGUUGUCCACGAUAUUUUAAUUGAACAAUCAUAAAAAUAUUUUGUUUACAUGUAAAAUAGAAAAUUUUAUUUUUCUUAUAUACGUAUAUAUAAAUCUAUUCUGGAUUAUCACGAUUCAUAUUAUUAUAUAACACACAUAAUAUAAUUGU